UCAAGAAACCGCGCCCGCGUCCCUUGUGAGUUGUGAUGGCCGGAAGGAGCCGCAACCGCCCCCACGUCCUCCAGCUGCGGGACCAGCCACCGCCGCUCCUCGGCCGGGCGCCUCCGCCGCCUCCGGCGGCGGCCUCUCUCCCGCCCCAUCACCCCGCCGCUUUGAUCGACGAUCUCCAUUUCCGCCGCCUCCCCCUCCCUGUUGUCAACCCCCCGCCCCGCGUCCUUGCCCUCGAGGACCACCUCGCCGCCCAACAUCGGGAGAUCCAGGCGCUCCUUCUCGACAACCAGCGCCUCGCCGCCACCCACGUCGCUCUCAAGCAGGAGCUAACCACCUGCCAGAACGAGCACCGCCGCGCCGACGCGGCCACGGCCAAGAUCAAGGCCGAGAAGGACGCCCAGCUCCGGGAGGUCUACGACCGGUCACUCAAGGCGGAGGCGGAGGUCCGGGCGAUCGAUGGGAUGCGGGCCGAGCUCGCGCAGGUGCGAACCGAGGUCCAGAAUCUGGGCUCGGAGAGGGACGAGCUCGUCGAGCGGCUGCAGGGGCUCAAUGGAGAGCUCGCGAGAGCCAACGCAGAGUUCGGCCAGGCCGCGGCGGUCCGGGCCGAGAUAGAGUUCAUGCACAAGGAAAUCCAGAAGGGAAGGGCUGCAGUUGAGUAUGAGAAAAAGAUACUUGCUGAUAACCUUGGACAAAGUCAGGCGAUGGAGAAAAAUAUGAUUUCAAUGGCUUGGGAGGUUGAAAAACUACGUGAUGAACUUGCCAAUGCAGAGAAGAGAGCACGAGCAGCUGCUGCAGCUGCUGUGGCUGCUAACCCUGGUCCAGGAUAUACUGGAGCUUGUGGAAAUUCCGAGAUGGCAUAUGGAGGAACUGCUUAUGCUGACAAUUAUAGCAUGCACCAGGUUCAGAGAGGUCUUGACAGUGGUUCUCAAUAUGGAUCAGUAGCUGUUUCUCAUGGUUCAUAUGACAUCCAGCAAACUCAUGCCCACAGAUAAAUGCCGACUCUAAGGAUUUUUUUUCCUUAAACAGUACUUAAGGUCACACCUUCAUGUUUGGGAUUUGGAUCUAAAUAUUUCACCAUUUCAUGAAACCCCUAGAUCUUGUUUGAGGUGUUACAAAUUUGGAAGAAUGUUACUGGCUAUUUUGAUGUUGGCAGGCCUUCUUUUAUUCUGUGUAUAGUCUCAUAAAGGUUUUUGUAUAAUUUGAACAAAUGGUAAUAUUUAUAUUUGAUUGCAGUCAUUUCCGUUUCAGA